UUUAAACAAUUGAGUAAAACCAAAAGAUUCUGAUUUACAUUAAAGGAAUCUAAAAACAUCGCAUAUCGAUGACGAGUGUUGACACUAUAUGAUUUCGCAUUGUACAUCAUUAACAAAUAAUGAAUGAAACAAUUAUUUUCAAGAAACAGGGACAGCAAAGCCUUUCCAAUCACAAAGCUGGACGUUACAUAUGCCAAAUAUGUGGAAAAAAAUUUGUAAAGCCAUCAUACCUACAACGGCACAAUGUAGUGCAUUUAAUAAAGAAACCAUUUCAGUGCUCUGCAUGUACCCAAUGCUUUACUCAAAAGGCUUCAAUGCAACGCCACUUUGCAACGCAACAUAAUGCCGAUUUCAAACGGUUCAAAUGUGUUAAAUGUCCUUUAAGUUUUUCCCAAAAAAGUAAUUUACACAAUCAUGUACAAAAUGUGCAUCCCCAAUGUGUAGACGAGCUUAAGGCGAAAUUUGCUUGCAACCAGUGUUCAUCAGUUUACAAUUCAAAACACACACUGCAUAGACACAUAAAUCGGGUGCAUACACGUGACGCUGAUAUAAAUUUCAAUAAUUUCGAAGGGGACGAUGAUUUAGCCUUGACCAUAAGCGUCUUGAACCAAAUUAAAUCAUUUCAAAUUGGCAUGAAUCUUGUGGAGGCUGUUGAAUCUUUAGAAGAAGAAAAAUUAAACUCGAAAACGCAUAUACUUACUAAUCAACAAAAUUCAGAAGAAACAUCAGGAAAAGCUAUGAGAGUAAAAGCAGGUUUAAGCUCGGAAGUAAAACAGUGUUAUGUACCUGCUCAGUGCACUGUGAAUAAAGUUAUUGAAACUUGCUCGAAGGUACCAAGAAGACGUUCCUUUAAAUGCAUGUUUUGCGAAAGAGCUUUCAGCGGUAAAGUACCAUUGCAAAAUCAUUUAAAAAUACAUCGUUUUGAUAAAAAACUAGGCAUACUCACGAAACAUUAUUGCUGUGCGGUUUGUGGUCAAGCGUUUGGCUCCUUGUGUAGGCUAGACAAACAUGUCAUUACGCACAGUUCUACACAACGUGUGCAAUAUAAAUGUAUGUCAUGUAAAAGCAUAUUCAAAUCAAGUCGAAAACUUGCAUACCACAAACAUAAGCAAACGGAUUGGGACUUGAAAUAUUUGCAACAUUUAUUACCAGUACCACUUGAAGUUUAUGCCAAUCAUCUAUCCCCUGAGUUUGGCAACAAAUUGCGAGGAAAUGUUGCUGUCCAAUGUACGAAUACAAGACUAGCAACAUCUAAAUGGCAAUGUGAGACAUGCAACAGGCUUUUCGCCAACUCAACUGUAUUAACCAAUCACCGACGUCUAUAUCACGGUGCUUACCGACGUACAAGGCAAAUAUGCAACUCAAACGUAAUACGUUGCUUCAAAUGUGCAUAUUGUGCACGAUUUUUUAAGACGCCAACACAAUGCCAAACACAUAUGUUAAUACAUAUGAAACGAUUAUUGAAUACGGGUAAUAGGGAUCAAACUGAAAGUGACAAAAAAUUAAUGCUAAUCAAUGCUCAAGCAAUUGUGACAGAAGUAAUAAGCAAUACUGCGAACAAAGCUGUCAAAUUUAAUGUAAUAACAAGAAAAGGAAAGCUUGCGCAGACGACAAUUACUUCCACAUGCCAUCAAUGUCCGACAUGUUUAAGUAAAUUUAGUAAGUCGAGCGACCUGCAGCGUCAUUUGGUAGUACAUACAGGAGAACGAACGCAAGCAUGUCAUCUGUGUGAGAAACGCUUCGGUCUGAAGAGUACACUGAAACAACAUCUAUUAACACAUGCAAGGGAAGAGCGGCCAAAACAAGUGUGCAUCGUUUGUGCCAAAACCUAUGCGACGAAGAAGUCACUCAACGUGCACCUGAGGUUGCAUACGGGUGUGCAGCCAUUUAGGUGUGAGUACUGUGAACUUAAAUUUUAUACCUCCGGCCAAAGGAUUUCACAUUUACGGGUGGUACAUGGACUGCAGCGAGUCGUGUGUACGAUUUAGGAUUAAUAAGAGGGCUAUAAUUCAUUUAUUGUAAGCAUUUUAUUUUGAUUUCAUUGUUGCAUAACAUAACGUUAACUUCUUCUAUAAUUUAUGUAUGUAUGUAAAUAUGUGUAUAAUAAACCAAAAUUAUCAAUAUAUGAAGAGAAAAACAUGCAUAUAUCCAUUGCAUCUAAAAACUACUUUCCUAUA